AUGUCGAAGGAGGCAGCGGCGAGGGUUAACCACGCUGUCCACGGCCUAUCAAGGCUUUGGGUCCUCCGAGAUCUGAGAGGAGGAGAUAAAUUAGGGAUGGCAUCAGAAUCGGAGCGCCAAAGUUGGAAGCCCAAACGCCUGCCGUGCGAGGCGCUUGCCCGCGCCGGGGCUCGACAGAGCCGGAAAGAGGGAGGGGUGAACCAGGCAGGUGCCACGAGGGGGCGAAGCGGCGCAGGAGAGCCGAGGAGGAAGCGCCCCUAA